CAAUCAUUACUCUCUCUUCAUCUCUCUCUCUCUCUCUCUCUCUCUCUCAUCCUGCUCCCAUGUCCUCCUCCGACCCUCCUCCGCCUCCUCGCCAGCUACCGGCGCCGGCCAAGAAAGCCCCAUCCAAGGACCGCCACAGCAAGGUCGACGGCCGAGGCCGCCGCAUCCGCAUGCCCAUCAUCUGCGCCGCCCGCGUCUUCCAACUCACCCGUGAACUCGGCCACAAAUCCGACGGCCAAACCAUCGAAUGGCUCCUACGCCAAGCCGAACCUUCCAUCAUAGCCGCCACCGGCUCCGGCACCACUCCUGCUUCCUUCUCCUCCUCUUCCCCUUCACUCCGCGCCUCCUCCACCAUCACCUCCUCUCCCGCCGCCCCUUUCAUCCUCGGCAAGCGUCUCCGCUCUGACGACGAAGACAAGGACGACGCCGUCGCUCAAGCCGGCAUGAGCGCUUUCUGGGCUGUUCCCACCCGCCCGGACUUCGGCCAGAUGUGGGGCUUCGCCGCCGCCGCCGCUGCCGGCGCUGAGAUCGUCGUCCCUCCUCGCUUCCCUUCUGGACCAGUCGGUGAAGCUUCCGCCGCCAGGGUCGGUAACUACCUUCCUAUGGCUCAAGGUCAUUUGAAUCUAUUAGCCUCUUUAUCCGCCGCCGCGCCACCUCCGGCCGCCACUGCCGCCACCGGCCGUCGAGAAGACGAACCACGCUGAUCUUUUUUCCAAAGUUAGGGUUUUGUGAUCUUGGUUUCCGGAAAAAAAAAAAAGAAGGAUCAAAGCUUUGGAUUUUGAUUGAUUGAUUGAUUGAUGCCCAUGUUGGUCGGUUGGUUCCUCUUCAGAUCAAAAA